CACAUGCGCAGUGCUCCGUUUUGACGCGCGAAUAUCCCGUUUUGUAAGAUGGUGGCGUGGUGAGAGUGUGAAGCUGCCGGUGUUGUUGUAUUAGGAGCCGUUUUAUCACAGUGUAGCAGUUCGGUACCGUGUGGUGCUCUUCAGAAAGCAGGUCUGUGAUGGCAAAGCGGAUUGCGGAGAAGGAGUUGACAGACAGGAACUGGGAUCAGGAAGAUGAAGGGGAAGAGGCAGGGACAUUUUCAACUGCGAGUGAGGAUGUGAUGAAAAACCGAGCCAUCAAGAAAGCCAAGCGUAGAAAUUUUGGAGCUGAGGGUGAGAGUGGAGGAGCUUUUAAAAGCUUUAAGGGUUUCUCUCUGACCGCGUCGGCUCCGGCAGCUGGAGGAGGAGGAGGAGGAGGAUUCACAGGCUUUGGUAAUGGAACUGGAUUCAAACCCCUCUCUGGUCUGACCAACGGCAGCAUGUCAUCUGUAACCCCAUCUUUUGGAGGCUUCAGUUCCUCUGCUACCCCCAAGCCAAUCACCGGCUCCUUGUCAUUCAACGGCCCCGCCUCAUCCAAGCCUGCAGACUCUGACAUCACGUCUAACGGUUCCGCCCCCAGCUUGGCCGUGAGCUCUGGCGGCAGCAGUGGCAGUAGCAGUAAUAGCAGCUGCAGCAGUAAGGAGUACAACCGGCAGCUCACAGCUCUCAACUGUUCUGUCCGUGACUGGAUCACCAAGCAUGUCAACGACAACCCUCUGUGCGACCUCAACCCCAUCUUCCGCGACUACGAGCGGCACCUGGCCAGCAUCGAGAAGAAAUACGGCAGCUGCUCCACUGCUGCAGACAGCAAGCAUGAGAAGCCGGUGGCAGCAGCAGCAGCAGCAGAGGAUGCGCAAAAAAGGCUCCAGGCAGGCGGCAGCAGCAGCAGCUCCACCACAACCACCCUGUCCUCCUUCUCUUCCACUUCUACUUCCUCCAGCAUCAGCAGCGGCAUAACACCCUCUCCAGCCAGCAUCGGCACCACAGCUCCGGCUUUGUUCUCCUUCACCAAGGACAAGGACAACGCUGCCCAGGAGAAAAGCUCCGCUCCUGCCUCGGCUCCCGUGCCAGCUCCAGUCCCUGCAGGGGUUACCUUUAACUUUGGCAAGAAGCUGGAUAGCUCCAUGCUGGGCUCUCUCACCUCUGGAGGUACAUCCGGCUUCUCCCCGUUUUCCUCUUCUUCUUCCUCCUCCUCUUCUUCCACAUCCCUGUUUGGAGGCGCGGCCAGCACUGGCACCUCUUCGUCCACCUUCUCCUUCACUGCAGCCAAGACAGAGACAGCCAGCAACAGCCAGACUGCAGAUGAGAACGGUGGGGCUGAAGAAGAAUCGGACGAGCCGCCAGUACCUGUGGUUAAAGAGAUCAAGGAGAAAGAUGCCUUCUACUCUAAAAAGUGCAAACUGUUCUACAAAAAGGAAAGCGAGUUUAAGGAGAAAGGCGUUGGUACACUGCAUUUGAAAAUGGUUUCAGAGGGCAAGCUGCAGCUACUGGUCCGGGCUGACACUAACCUGGGAAACAUUCUGCUGAACAUCAUGGUUCCUUCCACCAUGCCCUGCACACGAACAGGGAAGAACAACGUUAUGGUGGUGUGCGUGCCAAACCCCCCUGUCGACGACAAGAACCCCACCACACCCGUUCCGAUGCUCAUCCGUGUCAAAACGGCAGAGGACGCCGAUGAACUGCACAAAACUCUGCUGGAGAAAAAAGCGUGAGCCAGCACGUCCACCAACCCCCCCGUCCCCAUCCAGACUUUCUCCAGCUCAGAUUUUAAAAACACCCCCUCCCUCCCACUUACGUUAACUAUUGCCUGAAUGUGGUUUGCACGGCUGUAUGUGAAAACACCCUGGUUGCGUCAUUACACACAUACCGGACUCUUGCUUGCUGUGGUCCGUCUACAACAGUUCUUACAUGCAUGCCAACGCACAUCCUUCAUGAGCAGUGGCAACAAAUCGGUUCGUAUACUGUGAAAAACUAGCUGCGGUCCUACUUUCAGGCUUCUGUGAGGAUCAGUUGCGUAAAUGCUGGUUUAAUUAUUCUGAAAUAAAACAGUUUAAGGAACACAGCAGUGCGUUUAAUGCAGUGAAUGAUACAGGCUGUCAGAUAGCCUUGGUUCUUGAACAUUCCGUUGGGUUUUAAUUUUGCUGCUAUUUAAAGAAAACGGAAAAUGGAAAGGGUGUAGCAGAGCAUAUUUCUUUUUUUUUAUGUGGAUAAAAUGCGAAAUUGUUUUUAUUCAGCUAUGAAUGUGUGCAGAUUAAAUAAAUUAGUUCUACACAAGAAUGGAUUGGAGUUUAGCCUGAAUGCUUUGUACUUACGCCUUUCUCAUAAAGGGGAAGUUAACUUUGAAGGCAAUUCACACGUCUUCGUAUAUUAGGAAAGCUUUUAAAUUGCUUAAUACCCCUCUGAAAGAGGAUAAACUUGCAUACGAAACUCUAUAAACAGAGUAAACUAUAAAUCAUUUGAAGUUUAGUUUAUUAAAGUAUUUGAUUGGAUAAACUGAAGACUCAAUCUCAUCAUUAAACUGCUUUGAGACAUAAUAGAGUAUUUUUUUGUUUGUUUUGUUUUUCUGUCUGUGAUCUGUUUUGCUUCAGGUGUUUGCUGUAAUUGAUAUUUAUUCAGAAUGAGGGUCCUCUAGUGUGCUUUGUGUAAAUGAAUCCUACAGUGAAACAUCUGUCAUUCUGCAUCAUUACUGAGACUGCUAGUGAACUCUACUGCACCCUACCUGCUGGCUCCAUGGCAAUCUGUCUUAAAGUGGAUCUUGGAGAAAGUUUUGUUUUUCUCGUCUUUUUUUUUUUCUUUUCAUUUUCCAAGUGACCUUUGUAACGCCUUAGAUAACGAGGCAUGCAUUUAACAGCACCAGAUACCUUUUUGUAGAUUCGUUAAUUGGCAAAUAAAUCAAAUCGACCUGAAAAAUGUA